UUCAGACCAUACAGACGGCCAUAUUUGAUUCGGUUGCAGUGUUCUGACAGCUACUUCACGAAGAAACACGUCUCAAAGUGACGACAGGUCCAGUUAAAAAUCCUCCCGAAACGACGUCCAGCUGCUUCCACAGCCAGCACACCUCACAACCAGCAGGCAACCAUGAAUCCAGAAUACGACUACUUAUUCAAGCUGCUGCUGAUCGGUGACUCUGGUGUCGGAAAGUCUUGUCUCCUGCUUCGGUUUGCAGAUGACACGUACACAGAAAGCUACAUCAGCACCAUCGGGGUGGACUUCAAGAUCAGGACCAUCGAGCUGGACGGGAAGACCAUCAAGCUUCAGAUUUGGGACACAGCCGGGCAGGAAAGGUUCAGAACCAUCACGUCCAGUUACUACAGAGGAGCUCAUGGCAUCAUAGUGGUCUACGAUGUGACGGAUCAGGAGUCCUUCAACAACGUCAAGCAGUGGCUGCAGGAGAUCGACCGCUACGCCAGCGAGAAUGUCAACAAGCUGCUCGUCGGGAACAAGUGCGACCUGACCACCAAAAAGGUGGUGGACUACACUACAGCCAAGGAGUUCGCAGACAACCUGGGGAUCCCGUUCCUGGAGACCAGUGCCAAGAGCGCCACCAACGUGGAGCAGGCCUUCAUGACCAUGGCGGCCGAGAUCAAGAAGAGGAUGGGCCCCGGGGCCACAGCCAAUGCUUCAGAGAAGUCCAACUUGAAGAUCCAGAGCAAGCCGGUAAACACCUCGUCUGGAGGCUGCUGCUGAGAACCAUUAGGCGCCGUGAUCCGACCCAGACCGCCAGCCCACCACUGGCCUCCAUGUCCCCUCCUCCUCCUCCUCCUCCUCCUCCUCCUCCUCCUCCUCCUCCUCAGACAGACAGUCAGGAGGACACAAAAGGUGUUCCUGUUUGUCAGUCAGCAGUAGGAUGAUAAGCCCCGCCCCCACAGAUCUCACCGCCAUCUCCUCAUCACACGGAAAACAUUUUUAAAAAGAAAAGUCUCUUCGGUUUGUGCUGCUCUCCAGCAACAGCUGGGCAGAGCAACACGUCUCUCCAGACGGAGCGCGCGCUCAGACCGGCAGCGUGCACGCCGCCAUGCGCUUCUUCAGCAGGCUCCGCCCCCACAGUCCACGUGCCUUCAUGGCAGGAGAAGAAUCCACGCUGCUCCAUAAUAACAUUCCCGUUAGGCGGCGUGCACGCUGCUGGUUUAAUUUGUCCGCUGAGCCGUGCUCCUGCAGAGCUCCUAUAAACUGUAUAUAUUUAUACAUAAAUGUUUGCAGAACAUGUAGAGCAGCGAUUGAAAGGAAGCAGAAAUCUGAUUUGUUGCUGCAGACGUGACAUUUUUGUUGCACAGUGUCUAUUAAAGAAUGAAGGAGAUCUUUGAUAA